AUGAAACCUCCAGUCUACUCCAUUGGCUUUUUCUGGCAACGCUCAAAUACCCAGUGGGAAGUGGCUUGCCUCUUCUUCAUAGCCCUACCCACGCUGCGCAGGCAGGGUGAAGGCGAUCAUGCGAUCCAGGAGCAGCACAGGUUCCUUUUCCUCUCGUCUACAACGACAUCUACAAUGACGAAAUGUCAAAUGGUAUGA